UCUCUUUGGCGGCCCUCAGCCUACCUCUCGCCUUAGUUCCGAGAAGUCCCGACAGAUGGCCUCAGCAUUCAUUUUCGUCGCCACUGUUCUGUUGGCGUCCGCGGUGUCGAGUGUGGACCCCAUAAGCUGUACCCCGACGUGCCCCGAAGAGCCGCCAGACAACGCGGGCAAACUGGUGCCCGACCCCGUUGACUGCGGCCGCUACUACGUGUGCCUGCAGGACGGCCUGCCAAGCGACUUCCCCUCCGAGUGCCCUGAAGGCCAGCAAUUCGACAGCGGCACCGGGGCCUGCGCUGACGCAUCGUCCGCUACUUGCAGCCUGUGCGUUCCCAAGUGCACUGCCUACUCCUGCCCUGCGAGUGCCAGGGAGAUCGUCUCAGUGGCAGACCCCAACGACUGCGGAAAGUACUACCUGUGCGGCGUCGGCGACGUGCCUCUCCACCUCGAUUGCCCCGACGGCACGCCCUUCUUCGACGGCGAGACGUGCGUGGAGGAGGAGAGCGCGUGCUGCGACCCGUGCCUCGUGUACUGCAGCGAGGCCCUCACGCAGAUCCCCGACCCGGCCGACUGCACCAGCUACUACUUCUGCCUCGACGAAGGCUUCCCCGGGCCCGCCGACCGGCACCGCUGCGAGGCGGGCAACUUCAACGCCACGAGCAGCCACUGCGACCCCGCCGCGCCCUGCGUGCAGGUGCCCCGCUGCGCCGGUGCAGUCUGAGGGAAAAGCGAGGGCGGCGGCGGCGGCGGCGGUCCUUCCGUCGGCCGCGUGGCGUGUGGCGUGGGUGUGGAUAGCCUACAUAUAGACGUACUUACAUACAUACAUACGUACAUACCUGUAUGGAUGCACUUUUACCGUUUAUAUUUUCCGAUAAUAUCACAUAAUCAAACUUG